AUGGCUAUAUUAUAUUUCCAAAUAGCUAUUUAUGAUGCUAAAAAUCUUAAGCAAGUCAUUUUACCAAUACUUUUAUCAGAUAUUUCAAAAAUAGUUCUGAUCACCUAUGAUGAAUUAGUAUUCUAUGCUAAUGACAGUUUUACCAAGGCCUGGGGUCCAAUAGAAGAAGAUAAACUUUGUCACAAAUCACAAGUUCUUAGUGUUCAUGUUAGUGACUUUGACU